AUGUUAUUCCAUUUUACAUAUCGCAUUGUUGGUGCCACCGUAGCAUUCCUUUAUCCAGGCUAUGCAUCUUACAAGACAUUGAGUCAACGCCCUGCUUCCGAGGAAGAUCUUGAGCGAUGGCUCAUGUACUGGUCCGUCCUUGGCUGCGUAGUAGCAGUCGAAUACACAACAGAGUGGCUUGUCUCAUGGAUCCCAUUCUACUACACCCUCAAGACCCUCUUCCUCCUAUAUCUCGCACUACCACAGACCCGCGGGUCUUCAUACCUCUACAUCAACCACCUACAGCCAUUCUUCCAUCGCCAUGAGUCGCAGAUCGAUGCUACGCUCGCAUCGUUGAAGGCCAAAGUAUACACGUUUUUGCAGGAACGUUUCAGGGCGCUUUGGGACCAAAUUGUCGCUGCGGCCGCAGGGCAGGGACAGGUUGUUGGGAGACAGGCUAACGCAGCGGCGCCGUCAGCUGCGAACCCAGCUGGACCUACCCAACUCAUAUCGUCCCUUUGGGGAACCUAUGGCCCUGGUAUCAUCGCCUCUGGGUCGGCGCUUCUUAGACAGACUGCGGCUGCGGCUGGUACUAGACCUCCCGCAACGCCUGCAUUCACGCCCUCUUCCUCGGGGAGUACGCAGUCGGUCCUUGAUAGGAGACGAGAGCUCGAAGAGGAGUUGGCCAACCUCGCAGCUGCCGAUCCUAACGCUGCUGUUCUGACACCCCCUACGGGGUCGAGGCCUAGCGCUUCGCGCGGCUCGUCAGACUCUGAUCUGCGCAAUAGAGAUCCCUCGACGUCGGGGAGGUUUGAGGAGAUUGAAGUGCCGAGCGAUGUUGAAGGGUAUGAUGUGGAUGGGCCUAGAGAAGGCGAAGUUGGGUACGUGGCUGGUGGGAGACCUGGGGCAGCGAAACGGGGGAGUUGGUUUGGUGGUUGGGGCGGAAGCAAUGUGGGUUCCUCGAAGGGCGGAUAUGAAAGGGUCAAGAGCGACUAG